AGACGACGAAUGACGACGGAUGUAGAUAAUGAGGAGCAGAGAAUAGAGUUAGAAUGAGAGAAUGUCGAGCAGAUAGAGGAGGACGGGGACAGUGAGUGUAAUUUCGAUACCGAAAAGGUUGUGUACGGGGCGAGAGUGGGAGGUAAAGCAAUACAAGCAAACAUCAGUACAACAGUAGUCCUUGCACUGGCCGUCUUGGCCAUGGACAACUAGCAUAGGCAGCAGUAACACACACCAGUAGUCUAGUGAAUAUGGCCGCAAACAAUGGUAAUGGUUAUUGAAAUCAACUUUGCGCGUUUGUCUAUCUCUUAAAAUUGACUUGUCAACAAAGUUAUCUUAUAAAUAAAACUGUCUAUUAGAUUAUUGUCUAUCGUUUAUACUGAUUGAUUUGGUAGAAAAUAAAAAAGAGUGACUUUAUUGCUAUCGACUUCUCAUGCUGGACAGGAAGCUACAGGAACACAGUAUUAUGGCAACUGCUGUUCAAAAAAACGGCAUGCAACCACUGAUGAAUGGAAGUAUAAAUCAUGUUGAAGAUCACCAGGUUUUGGAUGUGAAGAACGAGAUGCAUGACGACAACGAGGACAAUAAAAUUUACAAAUGCCCGUCAGAUAUUCCUAUGGAGGAGCCAGAAGCACAGCCGGAGAUUGACAUUCUUAUAAGAAAUGUCGUGUGUAGUUUCAGCGUGAGAUGUCAUCUCAAUUUACGCGAAAUUGCGCUAAAUGGCUCUAAUGUGGAGUACAGAAAAGAAAAUGGGAUGAUUACGAUGAAGCUAAGAAGGCCAUAUACGACAGCAUCUAUCUGGUCCUCGGGUAAAGUAACUUGCACUGGUGCUGAAACGGAGACUGAGGCCAAAGUCGCUGCUCGUAGAAUCGCAAGAUCUUUACAGAAACUCGGAUUUAAAGUUCGAUUUAAUAACUUCCGAGUCGUCAAUGUCUUGGGUACUUGUUUAAUGCCAUGGGCUAUUAAAAUUACAUCCUUUUCAAUGCAUCAUAAAGAAAAUGCUGACUAUGAACCGGAAUUACAUCCAGGUGUAACAUACAAACUCAAAGACCCGAAAGCUACGCUAAAGAUUUUUUCAACGGGCAGUGUUACAAUAACAGCGCCUAGUGUCGCGGCAGUUGGAGCGGCAAUUGAGCAAAUAUUUCCGCUAGUCUACGAAUUUCGUAAGAAGCGUUCGCCAGAAGACGAAGCAGCACUAGCUGCGAAGAAAAGUAAAAAUGCAGCGAGAUAUAAAAAGGAAUUUAUCGAUGACCCGGAUAUAUUAGCUGUAGAGCACGUGGUGACUGACGACGAGGAAAUGCCGGUUGACAGCGACGCCAGUGGAGACUGAUUUAUUUAAAUUUAAUUAAUCUUUUCUCUUCACACUAGUGUUUAUGUUUUAUUAAAUCUAUUAUUUUUCUCUAUUUUCCAUUUCUCUCUUUGAUGAUGACAGUACAUAUUUUUUUUAUGAUAACUUAUGUCGAGGGUGUUUGCAUCAGUGAAGUGAUGGCAUCAGCUGCUACUGAAAAUUAUUUUUCAAUAGUUAUUCUAUUUUUUUUUUCUUUUUUUAAUUCUUUUGUUGAGCGUCGCGAGUGCCAGGUGUUGAUUGAAUUAUUGGAAAGAAAGAGAAAGGACUAUUCAGAGUUACUCUGAUAAAUUUAAAGAUAAAAUAUAUCACCGUAAUAUCAGCAUAUAUGUUUAAAAAAUUAUUUAAAAACGAUGCGUUAAUCGUGCUAGCAAUACUGACUCUUGAUUAAUUAAAAUUAUAUUUAAUUAUUUACAUUUGUAAGUUACGGGAGAUUUGUCAGUUUGCAAAAAAGCUUUUUUGAAAAUGUUUUACAUAUUUAUCAACUGAUUGAUAAUAAGUAUAUUAAUUACUAAUUAAUGAAUAGUAAUUAUAGAUUAUUUGAUAAAUACUCGAGGUAAAUAAGUUUCAAAAGUAGCUUUUUUAUGUGUAUUUUAAAUCUGACGAAUCUCCUGUUAAAUUUAAAAUCAUUGAAAAUAGGAAAAAAAUUUAAAAACUGUAACCACAUAAUUAUAAUAAUAAUGUGGGGAUUUAAAAAAUAAUCUGGUUAUUCUAGUGCUUACUGUGCCGCCUUCGAUCAAAAUAAUUGUAAUACGUGCGCGUCUUCACUUUGCUAUUUCUUUACUUCACUUCUAUCUUCUCUAUUAUUAUUUUUUUUUAUUAUUUUAUUUUGUUUUUUUUUCUUAAUUGUAUUGUGCCAAAGAUGGAUGUUCUAAAUUCAAAGCAGAGUGAUAAUUAGCAAGCUUGUUUAGCGUGCACUUUUGUCUAAUUUAAAUCCGCAACAAGUUAUUACUUUAUUUUUUCUCAUUCAAAAUCAUUAUCACAAUAUCUUCUGUUAUUAAUCAUUAAUUAUUGGAUAUUAAUGAUUAUAAACAAAAUAAUUAAUACGUGGCAGUAUUUUUUCGUUCUGUAAUUACUUAAUACAGCUUAGUUUAAUUUAAAAAAAAAAAUCAAUUAAUUUAUAAACUAACGUGGAUAUUUAUUGAAAUAAAGUACGAGUUUGCUGUUCGCUAAAUCCUGGCGGAGAAUUAUUUAGUUUAAAAACUAAUUUUAAAAAACAAUACGAAAGAGUAGUCCAUCCCUGCUCUAGCAUUUGUAAUAAUUAUUAUUAAUUAGUUGAUUGAUUAUGUUUAUUAUUAAUUGAUUAAUUAAUUAGGUAACUAAUUACCUAUUAUUGUAUCUUUAGUAAAUAGUUCUAGGCGUAAUAAUUAAUGUGAGACUUUGUUUUUUUUGUUGUUAAAUUAAUUGUCUUGUUACUUUCGACUGUUAAAAAAACUGUUUUGACACCAUGAAGUUUAAAAAAAUAAUAAUAAUUAACGAUCUCAAUCACGAGUUUGGUGACUAAGUAUCAGCGACUCAUUGCCGAGUAAAAUAGACUACUUGUAUCUGUAAUGUCUUGCACAAUUAACAAAAAAACGUAAUUAUAAUUGCAAUUGUUUAUAAUAAUUAUAUAGACUAAAACAAAUGUUCAAUAAUAUAAAUGUUAAAUGUG